GGUCACUCGCGCAAUCAGAGGCUCCAAUCCCAGCCGCAGCUAUGCGGAUGAGCAUGUUAUAAUAAUUUUUCAUUAAGCAUUGCCAUUUCAUUAAUAUUUGGCCGCGGAUCAGGUGCAUCCGGUCACUCCAUUGAAAAAAGCCCCCCCACCGGUGGCGUGCUGGAGCAAAUCCAGCGGCGCAAUGCCCGCUUUGCCGUGCGAGCCCAAGUCGACCGGCGUGGGACAAAAAGCGGCGAGGCGGAGGUGCGUGUCUCUCGGAGAGUGAGCACCACGUGGUGCUAGUCCCGCCUCCGCUCAGGCCCGGCCCCCAGCUUCUAUUGGAGGCAGAUCACGUGGGGAUGAGGCCGGCGGCGAGAGCGCUGUGCGGGGCGCCGAACGUCAAAGUGUCGGGGAAGUUGAAUGAGCGUGCACCUCUUCGCGAGGAUUACCUGCAAGCCGUGGCGGCCGCCGUCGACAACUGCUGGGGGCCGCUGGGGGCGGCCAUGGACCACUGCAAUGAGACAGGCUUCAUUAACAGCGAGCCGUCGAUGGCCGAGUACAUUUCGCGCAUUCCCGACCCGCGGGAGUCGCAGUCACCCUUUCUCGAGGUCGCCACCGCCCACGCCGACGGCCGCGGCCUCAUGCAGCAGACGGCCGCCGUAUCCGCCGCAUCCGUGCCCGAGUACCCUUGGAUGAAGGAGAAGAAAACCAGCAGGAAGAACAGUACACCAGAGCUGCGUGGCAUUUUUAUGGACAGUGAGGCUGAGAAUGAGCCGGGCGACCACGGACGCGGUUCAACUGGACGCGCAAACAGACACAAAAAUGGCCUGCCUAGAAGAUUACGGACCGCAUACACGAACACUCAACUGCUUGAAUUAGAAAAGGAAUUUCAUUUUAAUAAGUACCUGUGCCGCCCUAGACGGAUAGAGAUCGCCGCAUCGCUUGAUUUAACAGAACGGCAGGUCAAAGUUUGGUUUCAGAACCGAAGAAUGAAGCAUAAACGGCAGACGGUUGGGAAGGGUGAGGACGACAAAGAGUCUUCGAAGGAAAAAGCCAAGGAGGAUAAAAAGAGUUGCCAGAACUGUGAGCUUCCUGGAGGUCCAUUAACCUCGGGAAAUAAUAACAACAAUUCGGCCAAAAAUAAUAACAGUAGCAAUACAUUCAGCAGCAGCAGCUCCACGAGCAGUUCUUUCAAAGAGGAGGAUUCGCAGUCGCGCGAGAGCGGAGUCCUUACACCCUCGAUUAAGAUGGCUGAUGUUAUAAAAAUGGAGGUGAAGCACUCGCCGAUAGACGCAUCCCCGAAGACCCCACCUGUAGAAGCGCUGGCUGAACCUAGUCUGGGUAGUUUAACACCCUCCACGUCGUCGCCACCCCAUCCCAGCCCAGCCGCCUACCGCCACCCUUCGCCGUCACCUGCCGCCCUGCAAGCGACCCCAGCCCCGACCGUGGCUGCCGUCGGGGUCCGCCGCAAUUUCAAAAACACCUCGUACAGAACCGAUUACCCCUCACGGGCGUACACCGCCUCACAAGGACGGUUUCCCGGGCAGCCGGCUCAAAUCCGGCACCAGUACACGAGCUCCUCAAUCCAAAACGACUACAGACGAACCAACGGUUUGCACAACCCCGUGACCACCCCGAGAACGCAGCAGAUGCAGUCUACGAACCGGUACUACCAAGGCUACAAUUUUUACUACCAGCCGCAGCAGCAGCAACAGCAGCAGCAGGACGGCACGGCCACCUACUACACCCAGGCCCAACUGCAGCAACAGCAGCAGCAACAACAACAGCAUCAGAGAACAUACCAAGCACAAUACGAGGAAGGCUACCAUAAUCAGCAGCAAGUUCAAGGAAACGGUCCGUACUACAACCCCAACUCGGGCUACUACGGCCAACACCAGCAGCAACAGCAGCAGCAGGUGCCUGGUGAGGCGAUUGGUCAAUUCUACGAUAACGCUGGAAACUACAAUGCUCACCACCACCAGCAGUACCAAAAGGGCUCGACCUACUACAGCGCGGCAGACCUGAUGCAAGGGGGCGAGGCGUCGAACAGCCACUACGUUUCGUCGCCUGACACCUUCCCGGCGGCCGCGACGGCCACCGCGGUUUCUACCUCGCUGCAGCCGCAGCAACAGCAGUUGCCGGCUCAAGCGACUGAGCACGCACAGAAUUUCGUUCAGUUUCCCGCUGCAAACAACGCUUUUUACGAGCAAGCAGGUGCCUCGACGUCGACGAACCCGCCAGUCGUGGCGGCGCCCGCCGUGGCUGCGAGUUCUAAUAGCAUGGCCUCUGAAAAUAGCAACAGUUCGUCUGAGUUCAAUUUCUUUUCCACUUUGGCCAACGACUUCGCGCCGGAGUACUACCAGCUGAGCUGAAGGGUGUCACAAACAUUUCGACACUUGAGCCAUACCAAAAAUUCGUGUAUAGAUUUGUGACCAGCGGUUGGCCACUCGUGGGACAGUUGUUUCUGGUUGAAUUGAUUGUGUCAGUGGUGUACAUAUACGGAAUGAAAAAAAUGUUUUUGUUAUGCAAUGUCUCCUUAACUCCUUUUCUCUUAAGCUCUUAUCAAGUGGUGACUCAGCCUAUCAAGAAAAACACGCGUACACAUGCAUAAAUAAAGCGCAGAAAGUAAUUAUCUUAUAGCUAGAUCCGAUUCUACUUUUAGACUUACGCGCAUGUGUAUAUUAAAUUGAUAUUUAUUACUACUUUGCUGCACCAAAGAGUAUCAUCUUGUUGUUGUUAUCCAGAGUGAAAACAAACGGCAUCAUUCUGCAUCAUUGCUUUACAGAUGAUGAUAAGAGUACUAAAAUGUAUAUGCAGCACCCACUAUAUGAAAAUAAUAACAAAUAAAAAAUUAUUACGAAAAAUAAACGUUGUUUGAGUCUCUCAUAAGUUGCAUAUUUUCCGUCCCCGGGCCAUUCGCUCUAGCCGUGCUCGGCACCUGACCCUUGCGGCCAGAGGCGCUUCCGAUAAGGAAGCAGAGACCCUUUAACCAGCUGAUAAGCGACCGGGUCCAUUCAGAUCGGUGUAAUCAAUAGGCAGUAGUUGUCGCGGCACGUCACUCCGUCACCCUAGCUCCAUCCAUCACCGCUCCUUUACAUGGCGACGACUCCACGCGCGGCCCGCUUAGAAUCUGCCUGGCAGCGAUGACGAUGACAAGUUUUUCAAUGCUCAAUCCGAUUUUACUCUGCACCGUUUUUCGUCAAACUUGUCAAAGUUCUUAGUUGAAAAAUUAAGAUGGAGCGGCUUGGUUCCUCCACCGAAGUCGUCUUUUU